AUGGACAUGUGGUCUUCACACUUCGCGAGGCCUUUGUCCAAGCAGCUCACCUUAAAGUGGCGUGGCGCUGGACGAUUGGUAGUGGUGCAGUCAAUCACCGCUCAGAAAUCCGAGCUGGUUGAGGAGCUGGUGGGAUCCGGAUCCGAUCUGAGCUGGAAGACGUUCUCCGAUUGGGACUCGAGCGCUUUGCUACCGCCACACGUUUGUCAAGUGGGAGAAGUGUUACACGAUGGCUGUAGGACUACAGCGAAGUUAGCCUCGGAGCCUGAACUUCUUGCUGCACCAGAGAGCCGGGGCAUCCAAUGGUCCAAUGGGCAAUACAAGAAUAUGUCCAAAGUGGCUCCGCGCCUUGAUCGAGCCAAGCACCAUCCCAACCUGGCCUGCGCGGAAAAUGGGAGUUCAACCGUAGAAUUCGUAGUGACCUUCCAUUGCCGGCUUCAGGCGAAAGUGCUCAUCUUUGGGCUCACCACCAUGAAGGACCACCAAACGAGACCAGGGACGCCCUGUGUGGACGCCAUGGUGGAGCUGCUGCAGAUCGCCGGCAAAGGUUUCGGUCCUGAGCUGAGGGAUUUUGGUGCUAGGUCUUCUCGCCCGGCUAUGCCAUAUAGUGGUAGCACCUGUACCACAUGCGUCCGUUCCGGUACCUCUGCCAUGGCAGGCGUACCGGAACGGGCACAUGUGGUACAGGUGCUACAGCAGUGGUUGCAGUGUGAUGGCCUUGGACAUCCCCUUCAAAAAUGA